UUUUUCUUGAUACCAACAAAAAGAUUGAUUCUUUAAACACCAUAAUAAGACCAAUGCCAAGACUUUCUUGACACUAAAGUAAAGCACCUUACUUUAAUCCAUCUUUUACGCAAAAAAAAAAAAAAAAAAAAGAACAAUCAAAUUUCAACAUACCCUUUUCUUGAUCCAUCUCAAACGCUCCAAAAAUGGGCAAAUUUUGGGUAGAAAUCUGCUUAAUUUCUGCUAGAGGACUCACAAGAACUUCAUCACUAUGGAAGCUCCAAUGGUUUGCUGUUGGGUGGAUUGAUCCCAACAACAAGUAUUGCACAAAAGUUGAUGCUUCUGGGAAUGCAAAUCCAGUAUGGAAAACCAAGUUUUCGGCUUUGGUGGAUGACUCGGAUUCAAGAUUUGAAGAUUUGGCACUCAGUGUUGAAGUUUAUAGCAGGGAUCCUGUGUUUUUAAAAGAGAGACUUCAAGGGACUGCAAGUGUUGGGUUGAAAGAGUUUCUUGAUAAGCAAAAGAACAGUUCUGAAGGUUUGAAGAAUGUUGAAGAAGUUGGGAGUUUUCAGUUGAGGAAGAAGAAUUCGAAUAAACCUCAAGGAUUUGUAGAUGUUUCGAUUCAGACAUCGCAAGAGAUGAACGAGGAUAGUUCAUAUGAAGGUAAUGAUGUUGGGAUCAAGCUAAGGAUUCGCGACCAUGGUGUAAACUUGCCACCACGAGCCGCGCAUUCAGAAUACCAUUUGCAGGAAAAUUACUCAACCCCAUUGCCACCAGGUCCAAGCUACCACCAACCUCGAGCUGCACCGCCACCAACUUAUCCUUUAACAGGCGGAUCCAACCAUCAACCGCCACAUAAUCCGCUAGGAUCAAGCUACCAUCAACCGCUGCCACCACCUUAUAAUUUCGGUUAUCUGCCAUCAUCUUCAAAAGAUAACUUAGCACCAAGUUACAUCAACAUGCCACCACCAUCGGGAGCGGGGGCUAGACCGGGUUUUGCAAUGGGGUUAGGAGCUGGAGCAUUGGCAGCUGGUGCAGCCAUCUUUGGAGAUGAUUUUAUAUCAGGGUUUGAUCUUCCUACUGGUUUCACAGUAUCAACAGAUCCUCCUUUCUGACCUUCAAUACUUGUAUCAUGUUUUCUUUUGAAUCCUGUUUGACUUUGAUGCUUAACUUUAGGGGUGACAAUUGCUUUCAUUACCUCAAAGAUGACAAAAUAAAUUUUAGGUAUGUUAUUUUUUUUAAAGGAACGAAUCCUCUAAAUGGGCUACUGACGAAAUUCAUCAUAUCGGAAAUACACUCACCUCCGAACCGGGGAAAACCCUCACCUAGGGCCGAAGCCCGUGAACACUCGCCCAAAGGCACGACAGUGCGGUGAGGUAAAACCCGCUCAGUUCAAGGGCCGAACUAGCAAUCUCCACCUUUUUGCCUAGUCUCCCAUCAUCACCAGGUGCCGCAGAAAAAUAAUGCGAAGGUCAGGAAUCGAACUUGGGUCCCUUAGAACAUUAAGUCUUUCCCUUACCACUCCACCACCACCUCAUUGGCUUUUAGGUAUGUUUCAUCAUGAGUGUGAGAGGGGGAGUCACACUCACGUAAACACCACACAGCCGCCGUGAGUGCUCCUUGAGCAUUGAGGCCGUGAGAACCCUUAGACCAGUGGGUGUGUGUAACACCCCUAAAAUAUAAACCCUUAUAUUAUAAAGUUCAAAGAAUUGAUAAACAAGAAUUUACCAACUAGGAAUUUAACCUAGUUAAAUUCAAGUCUUGAACUCAUACAUACUAUGGUUAAAACACAUUAACUUAAGAACAAAACAAGGUUGGGGGACUAAACUUGUCAAAUUUGAAAAGCUAGUUACUAAUAGUAACAAAAACCAAACCAAACACACCAAAUUUGGUGUGUCUGGUCGAUCAAGAGAGGAAGGGCGACAGGGGUUCUCCAAAACCCUAAGCUUCACACCAAAUCCCUUCAAUUGAAGCCCCAAAUCUAUUCCAAAUCGAGUUUUAAUCACAUAUUAGUGAACUCCUCGUUGUAAGGAUCAAAAGGUAUGUGAAAUUUAGUAAUUUUGUUGCAUCACAAAUUCUAGGUUAAAUGUGAAACAUGAAAAAUUCAGCUUAAUCACUGAUGCAUGGGUGAAAUUAGAAGGGUUAUGAGGAUUAGGAACAAGCCCUAGAUGAUUUCAUGACAUGACCUUGUAUAGGACUUGUAGGAUUUCACAAUCACCAUUGUAGGUGAUUAGUGAACUUCAAGAAAACUUGUUAAAUGCUGAAAUUAUAACUCUUGUUCUAGCAUAAUCUGAAAUUAGGAAAUAAAUUCUGAAAAGAUGAUGUCAAGAUGCAUGCAAAAAAUUACUAUUAUAGUGAAAUUAGAUGUUGAAUCGCAAGUCAUGAACUUGUUUAUGAAUGUAGAAAAAUCUGACCCACUAGGUGUUUGUUGAAAUGCCUAAGUGAGGACUUAAUUGUGAAAUUUGGAUAAAAACGCAGAUUUGAUGAAGGUCCAUAAUGAUGUGAUUGUGGUCAUAAAAAGAGUUCUAAACAUGUUGUAAAAACUGAAUUUUCUAGGCAAAGAGUCCGGUUCAUCUAGCGGACAAGCCGGAGGGAAUUCAGGAGGAAAAGGCGCGCUCUAAAGUUUUCAGGUACUCAAGAAAAAGGAUGGUGAUCAAGCAAACGAGUCGAACCGAACACACAUUUUUAGAACGCUUCCGCAUCCGAUCUUUUGUUCUAGAAACUAUGUAAACUAAUGGUAGUUACCGUCUUGAAUAUGGUUUUGUAA